AUGGCAUCCCUUUCCAAAACAAAGUCAACAGAUGGCAUGCCAGACGACAAGAGCGUGAGCGCCGGAGACGUCGAGAAUGUUGACAACCGUACACCGGCACUUGGGUACGACGCCGUUUUGCACCAGCGACGGUCCACGGCCACGCUCCUUUUCCAGUCCCUGGCGAUUUCGGCACCUCCAUUCGCUAUCGGCACGCCGUUGAUCAACGCAAUGUACGGCGGGGGUCCGUUGUCGCUGUUUGUUGGAUGGCUCGUCGUUGCGAGCCUGGCACAGUGUGUCGCCCUUUCUGUUGCUGAGCUCGCAUCCCGAUAUCCGACCUCCGCAGGCCCAUAUUACUGGUCAUUCCAAAUCGCAUCAAAGGCAAAGGUACCGGUGUCAUUUGUCACCGGUUGGAUCUGGCUUACUGGGAACUGGACAAUUGCGCUUGGUGUCAAUUUUGGCUUCGCACAGCUCAUUGCGGGCACUGUGACUCUAUACCAUCCGACUUGGGAGGCAACCCCAUGGCAGCUGGUGCUAAUCCUAUGGGCAAUUGUCUGGAGCAGCGUGCUGAUCUGUGUUUUCAUGCAUCGAUGGCUGCAUAUCGUUGACUCGCUAUGUGCUAUGUGGACGGCUUUAAUAACCGUGGUAUACAUUAUUGUUCUGCUCGUACAGGCCAAGGGCCGCCGUCACGAUGCGAGCUACGCAUUUGGAGAAUACACUGAGGAAUACUCUGGCUGGGGCCACUUUACAUUUUUCAUUGGGCUGCUGCCAGCCGGCUACACCUUCGCUGCAGUUGGGAUGAUUUCAUCCAUGGCUGAGGAAACACCAAUGCCAGAGGUAAAGGUGCCCCGGGCGAUCUCUCUUUCAGUGCCAACCAUUGGGACGCUUGGACUAGCCCUUGUGAUUGCAAUCAACUUCGUCCUCCCUCCUAUGGAGGACGUAAUGGCCGCUCCAUACACCCAGGCAUUGCCGAAGGUGUUUGAGUGGGCGACGGGUUCGCCUUCUGGAGGAGUAGGCCUGAUGGUUCUUCUCCUGGUUCUGUCGCUGUUCUGUAGCAUCAGCGUCACCACCGCUGCAUCUCGCUGUACUUGGGCGUUUUCCCGGGAUAAGGCUGUCCCACUGUCGUCUGUAUGGAGUAAAGUCACUGACAAGGGUAUCCCCCUAUAUGCCUUGCUCCUGGUGGCCAUCGUUCAAAUGCUACUCGGAUGUAUCAACCUGGGCAGUUCCUCUGCAUUCACAGCAUUCGUUUCAGUGGGCGUCAUUGCGCUGUCCGUCAGCUAUCUGAUCCCUGUUGCAAUCAGCCUCGCCCACCAUCGGACUGAGGUUAAUCAAGCCCGCUUCCAUUGCGUUGCUCCGUUGGGGACUUUUGUCAACUGCGUCGCGCUCUGCUGGAUUGCAUUCCAGGCCGUGCUUUUCAGUAUGCCCGUGGCUAUUCCCACCACCCCGACUGAAAUGAACUAUGCAUCCGUGGUUCUGGUUGGUUUUGCCUCGACGGCUUUUGUUUGGUAUAUCGUCAAUGCCAGAAAAUCAUACACCGGACCCCCGGAGUCGGAUGGUAUUGGUUUUUAA